CUCGCCGGCCUCGUGCGUGCGCACGCGCGCUGUCCCCCGGAGGCGUCUGGGUGUGCGGAGCGCGCGCGCGCGGCUCGGAGGCGCACCUGUGAGGUGUCCCUUGAGGAGAGGGAGGGUGGGUGCGCGGAGUCCGCGGCCUGGGGCGCUUCAACCCCUACUUGGAAGCGCCUCGCGUCCCAGCAGAGCCAGCCGAGCAUCCUACUCAGGUGAUGAAGAACGCUCCGGGCACCCAGCGCCGAUCGCUGCUGCCGCUGGACGCCUCCAUUGUUUGACCAUAACAAGGGCCGGAUUCUCACCCAGACCUGCAAAUCCAAGAGACACAUCUCUCUGGAAGAUAAGAGCUCCUUCCUCAAGAUCAAAAAAGGAGACUGCUGGAGUGAUAACCUGCAUAGUGAUACCUCACAAGGAAGGACUGACACACCUGGACCCGAGGCGCUGGCUUCCUGGGAGGCUCCUGUCUGAUGUGCAGGAGGCAGGAUGUCAUAGUGACUCUGCAAGGGGAGGCUCCCGGGGACCGAGACCAGCACACAGGAUCGCACCCGUGGCUACAGGGGACACUGUGCAGGCCUUUCCCUGCAAGUGAGACGUACGGGAUUAUUCUGCAAGAGGAAGAUUCCAGGGGCUUAAAAACGCAAAGGUUUGCACCUUGGGAGCCCCUUGGAAUGUUGACAGCUCAGGAUCUGAAAGAAAGUCGUGUGUUAAUGAGUUACAGGAUUCAUGUGGAAGUAGAUGUCACUUUAUAAUCAGUAAUAACACUGCGUGAGGAACACUAUGCAGGAAGAAACCUUCCAUAGAAAGACAGGCAGGGAAAAGCUUAGGCCGACCUUAAACCUCCCGAACAGAGCCAGCCAGAGAUAAACGCCAAGAUGGCCAAAUGAGAGACUCUGUGAAAUAGCAGCCCUGUAACUGUAGAAGUUGUAAGGAAAUCUUCUCCUCUAAAUCACGAUACCAAAUAGGAAACAUGAUCUACAAGUGCCCCAUGUGUAGGGAGUUCUUCUCUGAGAGAGCAGAUCUUUUUAUGCAUCAGAAAAUUCACACUGCUGAGAAGCCCCAUAAAUGUGACAAGUGUGACAAGGGUUUCUUUCAUAUAUCAGAACUCCAUAUUCAUUGGCGAGACCACACAGGAGAGAAGGUCUAUAAAUGUGAGGAUUGCGGUAAGGAUUUUAGCACUACAACAAAACUGAAUAGACAUAAGAAAAUCCACACAGUGGAGAAGCCCUACAAAUGCUAUGAGUGUGGCAAAGCCUUCAAUUGGAGCUCACAUCUUCAAAUUCACAUGAGAGUUCAUACAGGUGAGAAACCCUAUGUCUGUAGUGAGUGUGGAAGGGGCUUUAGCAAUAGUUCAAACCUUUGCAUGCAUCAGAGAGUGCACACCGGAGAGAAACCCUUUAAAUGUGAAGAGUGUGGGAAGGCCUUCAGGCACACUUCCAGCCUCUGCAUGCAUCAGAGAGUCCACACAGGCGAGAAACCCUAUAAAUGCUAUGAGUGUGGGAAGGCCUUCAGCCAGAGCUCGAGCCUCUGCAUCCAUCAGAGAGUACACACGGGGGAGAAGCCCUAUAGGUGCUGUGGGUGUGGCAAGGCCUUCAGCCAGAGCUCCAGCCUCUGCAUCCACCAGAGAGUGCACACGGGGGAGAAACCUUUUAAAUGCGAUGAGUGUGGGAAGGCCUUCAGCCAGAGCACCAGCCUCUGCAUCCACCAGAGAGUGCACACAAAGGAGAGAAACCAUCUCAAAAUAUCAGUUAUAUAAAGAGUUUUGCUAAGAGUUAAAAAUCUUAAAACCCAUAAGUGCCACUAGGAAGGAAACCCUGUAAAUACCUACAUUGACCCAAGAAAUUUUUACGGCAAGCCCCAGCAGAACAUUCUUUUCCAAGAGGCAUGUGUGAGGUGGAUGUUUUGGAUUCCUGCCAAGUGUGUUCCACAGCUUAACUUUGAACCUGGAAUCCCUCCGAGUGUUUGCCCAGGACAACAGGCUGUGAGGUCCCAGUCGCGGGCAUGCGUUUCCGGGAAUUCUGGCACCAGGCCUCAGUGGGUGAGAUACUACACAGGAAGCCAUGAUCAUUGCCCAGCCUCCUGAGUCACCUUCUGUCUACACUUUACCCAAAAGUUACCCCAGAUACUCUCCCAUUUCGGGAGCUCAUGACCUUCCUUCUCUUGAUCCAAGCCUACUGAUGAAUGCCUUUGAAGAUGGCCAGCUCCCAUGAGGUAGCAUUCUGGUAUUUCUGAGGUUACCACUUGAUUCAGGCUCUGUCUGCAUAUCUCAUUACUUCUGAAUUCACUCAGAAUACCCAUAAAUAUCCACCCCUUCCUAGAUGGCAUUAAAUUUCAUUUUAGAUUUUAGGUGACUCAUAAUUUCCAUUUACUUUGCCUAUCAGAGAAGUCACUGGCUGACAUACGUGCCCUUGAACUUUAAUUUUGUGAAUUCUGCUAAUCACUGUCUCUAUGUUAGACUUAAUUUUCUAGUGACUACAUCACAUAUUUUUAACUUGAAUUUUUUUGGAAAUAGCUGAAUGUAAAUAGGAAGAAGCAAGCAAAGUUAGAACUUUUCUCCAUCCAGAAUUGCCCUCGCGGGGUCCUUUGGUAACGCAUGGAGCCCCUUUCUAGCUCGGGGAGACCGUAGGGGAAGCGGAUGGUAGGAGGCGUCACUGAUAAUUAGUCUCUGUUUCUGUAAUUCUGGGCAAUAAUGUGUAGGAGUCCUUGAUACCCUGUCAUUGAGGAUUAUGUAUCAGUUCCUUUGUAGGCAUGAAUGUCUCUGUUAACCUCUCCUUUUCUUUCUUCAUUCGACAAGUAUUUAUUGAACACCUCCUAUGUGCUAGGCACCGAGGAGGGUGCCGGGAUACCACUGAGUAAGACAGACAAGGGCCCUACUUUCGUGGCGUUUACUUCUGGUGGAGGAGACAGAUGAUAAGCAAGUAAACAAAUAAAUAAUGUAGUUUGAGAUAGUGAUUAAGUGCUAUGGAGAAAAUAACCUAGGGUGAUGAUUUAGAUGGUGGGGGGUGGGGGCGGGGGGGUGCAGCGGUAGAUAGCAGUCAGGGAGGCCUUUUCCGCGGGCGGGCGGCACGGGGGCGUUGGCAGAGCGGGAGGCGGCGGCCGGCGGCAAGGGCAGCGAGUGGCGGGGAGGGGAGAUGCUGAGUUGCUCAGUAUCCAGACAUUUAUAGGCCUUUUUUUUUUUUUUUUUUCUGGCUAGAUUGAUAUUAAAAACUCAUGUGGAGGAACUCAAGGAAUGUUUAGAAGACCAAAAGUCCCCAAUGACAACAAAAAGCAACUAAUUUUAAAACUUUGUUUCUCUUCUCAUUCCUGUUUUCAUUGAUUUCCCACAUGUAGUCCUUUUGCUCAGGAAGUCUUUGGGGGAAAUUAAGGCUCUUUGAAAGCUCUAAAAUGGAUGAUCAGGUUAGCGGUGUCUGUUCACUGUCUGAGAGGUUGGAAAAUGAACUACCCAAAACAGUCAUCGAAAUACUGAAACAAAGCUUGAUUUUUCUCUUCAUGUUUGAAUUAAUUUCUUCUGUUUGACUGGAAGGGGUUUUUGUAUAACUAACACCUCAGCGCAUAAAGGAGAUUUAAAAGGAGCACAAAGCUUAGUGGGUGAGCCAUGAAACUAGAGAUGGGAUGCGGGGGUGAAUUGGUUACCAUCAGGAUUGUAAUCCAGAUGUAUCUGGUCCCAAGCCUUCGGGAAGUCACUUCUCACAUGGUUCCUCCUUUUCACAAAGAGAGGACUGGCUUAGUUAUUCAAUAAAGCCCCUUCCAGGCCUGAAUUCCUCGACUACGAUUUACUGUAGUGUCUUAACACUCUUCAUGUCACAGUAGUGUGGAGCAUUAGAGAAAAGCCUAGACUUUUAGUUGAUAGAGAGCCAGUUGAAAUAUCAUUGAUAGAAUUUUAGUUUUAGGAAAAAUUGGUUUGAUUUCUAGCUUUAUUACUAUUAGGUAUGUGAGCUUGGGCAAAUCGCUUAAUCUUUAAGUCUAGUUUUCUCACUUACAAAAUGAGGACAUUAGGCUAAAUGAUUUCCGAGUUUCCAGCUAGUCCUAGAGUUCUAUAUUUCUACAUAGUGGAAUUAUUUUAUCAUGCUGUUGCUGGGGAAUAUGACUAACACUUUUGAAGCUACUAAUUUUAUGUCGAGCUUUAAAGUCCAUAAUUGUUAUCUUCGGAAAAUAUUAUUUGACCUACAGUAUGUCCAAAUCAAUUUAAUAAAAUCACUUUAUAACAGGG